AUGUCACUUUUGAGCAGGCCGAUAAUGGGAAAACAAAACAAGCAAGAUCAAAGUGCACAAAAAGAAAUGAAUGAUUAUGAGAAGAAUAGACUUUUGAGGAUAAAAGAAAACCAAGCAAGACUAAAAGAUUUGGGAGUUAAAAGCAUUGCAAAUUCUUUGACAAGUUUGGUAGAAAGUCAAAAACCAAAGAAAAAACAAGUGAAACCAACGUAUAUCGGUGCUAGAGAUUCAGACUAUAUUCCUGAUUUGGGUGAUGAUAUUGAUGGAGAUUACCACGAAGUUGCUAGAAGUGUUCAAGUAUCCAAAAAGCAACAUCGUCCACAAUAUAUUGCACCAAUGUCCAUGAAUAGACUUGCUAAUUUAACAAGGCAACGUCGGGUGAUUGCUCCAAAUGUCUCGAAUAAGUAUCCAUUGGUUUCGAAUGCAACUAAAGAAAAACAAUCUAGAUCAAAGACUAGUAUGGGUGACUUAAUCUUGAGGAAUAAAGGACCGCAAAGGGAAAGAGAGGUAUUCAAACAAAAUGCGGAAAAGCAUAAUUGUAUCAUAAGUGGAGCAACGAGACAAUUGGCUCUUGUUGAUGAGGAUGAGGAUGAUGAGAUAUCUCAAGCUGAUAUGGAGCAAUUUGGUUUGAAAGAUAAUGUUAAUGAAGGACGUCUUGCGCAAUGUGAAGAAGAUGAUGUUGAUCAAAAUGAUGACCAUGAAGACAUGGACCAUUUGAACUAUGCAAAUAUUGAAAAUGAGAUUGAAGUUGAUGAUAGCGAUGACGAUUUGGGAAAUGAGGAUGAUGUACUUUUUGAAGAACAAUUAGAAGAACCCCAAUUAGAAAAGGAAACAGAGGGGAAGGAUGUAGUAGGAAAAUUCUCUCGGUUUUUGGGUACAAUAGCUCGUACCCAUAGUUAUGCACCAUUGACAUGUACUUCAUGGCACAAAGUUCCACAUAAAGAUAAGAUAUGGGAGUAUGUAUUGGGAAAAUAUGAUGUGCCCGAUGAUGCUAAAACUUGGGUUCUUAGGACAAUUGGAAAUUUGUAUAAGGUAUACAAAUGUAGGUUCAAGAAAAAACACUUCUAUCAAUUUAAGGACAAUAAAACAAGAUGGAAGAAUCGACCUGAAUGCAUUCCUCAAGAAGAGUUCUCAAAACUAUUAGUGUUAUGGAAUAAAAAAGAUGUGGCGAAACGUUGUUCGCGGGCAAAAGAAAUACGCAAGUCUCUAAAAAAUAUGCACACGGCUGGUCCAAAAAGUUUUGCUAGAAUUCGUGACGAAAUGAAAAAUGAAGAUCCAAACAAGGAAUUCCCAACUCUAAGUCAAAUGUUUGAACGUACACGUAAAAGGACAGAUGGGCAUGUAUAUGUCGAUACAUAUGAUGACACGGCAAAUAAAAUUGAACAAAUGAAGAAGUAUGAACAUCUAGAAGAUGAAAGUGAUGCCAUAGAUCCUUAUAUGAUUGUGAUGAAAAAAGAGAAUGAUGGAUACCGUCGACUUUAUGGUAGAGGCGUUACUAAUAGAUUGAUAAAAAAAGUGGGUGGUGGUGAUGCAUCAUACAUGAUUCCGACGGGACUUAUGGAAUCAUUCAAAGCAAAUGAAGUUGAAAGAAAUGAGUUGAUUGAAAUGCGGAAAGAGAUUCAAGAGGACCAUGAAAAAAAGCAGGCCGAAUUAAAAGCUAUGCAAAUAGAUAUUAAAAAACAGCAAGAAAACCUUGAAGCCAUGAUGCGAAAGUUAGCGGAACAACAACCUCGAGAAGGCCGAUAGUUGCUAAUAUGAUUUAUCGUCUAUGUUUAAGACACAUCUAGAAUGUUUUUAAUUAUUUUUUUGUGAUUAUAGUUGACAACUUUGUGUUGACUUUGAUUUAUGGUUAUUAUUUUGAAUUUAGAUAUGUCAAAGGAGACCAUAAAAUUAUAUAAUAUAUUUAUGUUAUUAUUUUUAAGGUGAAAUUUUAGUAGUAAUUUAUAUUUGUAACAAUGUAGUAAACAUAUGUGGCAUCUAUAUGAUUAGGAAAAAAAAUAUUGC